CAUGCAGAAGGCACACCUCAAAAUCUUUUAAUCUAACUCGAGGCUUUCAGACGCACAUCCAGGUACCGGUAGUCUCCCGCAUUCCUGAAUUGCACCAGAUUCGCGCAGAGUGGCUUGUACGAUGCGCCCGAGCGCGUCGAGCGCGCUUCAGAAGACAUACGAUGACUGCUUCUUCACAUGCUCCACAGCCGUCUACUUUGAAAGCCAGAACAACGAGGCGGAAGCGCUGCGCUCAUGGAGAAGUGCUCUCAACCGCAUCCACCAGUACAACACGACCCACAGCACCGCGUCCCACUCCCUGCCUACCACGGAGACCGACCGUGCCCUACACGAGUCAUUGCGCGAACUAGAACUACAAUGCCGCGAACGGGUGGAUCUGCUAGAGGCUCUCCAGCAGAGCCGGGAGGAGGCAGGCGAGGCUGGAUUCCCUCUCGACGAGAGCAUCACUGAAUCCGGGCUGGGGGGAGGAACGGUACCUGCCGUCACCUAUUCAGAUCUCUCCAGGCCGCCCCUGCCUCCGCGAAGGACUUCGGAGCCUUCAGAAGCACAGGCGCGGCCACAUCCUCGGUCCUCGAGCCAGCAUUCACUGUCCCCCGCGCCGAGCACGUCCCGUAUGGACGCGCGGACUCCCUCGCCGGAGAAGAAAGUGCGUAUGCUACGGACGUUGCGGAAAGAGCCUACUGGCAGGCCCUCGAAUCACCGGGUCCCCAGCUCUUCUUCAUCUCGACCUCCGGUUGCCGCGAAAGCUGCGACUUUGGCCUUCAGCAGUUCCGCUCAUUAUAAGACGGGGCGUCCGACUUGCCAGGAGAGUGGGGGCAGCAGCGAGUCUGUACCAAUCUCCACUACACAAGAUAUAAGGUCCCGACAUUCGCUAGAUAGAGCGAGGUCAGCGCAACAUUCCCCCAGUGUGUUUGCAUCAGCAGCUGCCGCACAAUCGUUCAGUGACCUUCGGUCAGAGAGGAAACCGUCUCAUAGUUCUCAAUCAAGUCUAAAGACGAAUUAUCCGCCCCUGACACACAAGAAUCGAAUACGUACGCCGACAAACGCUCAACCUCCAUUGGAAGUCGUAGCAGUCGACGCAAAGGAGAAUGAAGAAACGCAGCGAGCAACCCAACAACCACCUCAAAGACGAGCAAAAGCACGACCGAGGAAGAACACCGUGCGGGCUAAACUCCCCGAGACCCGCACGCCAGACGACGCAGCCUCCUCCGCCGGGUCGUCAGAAACCGAAUCCGACGAAUGGCACGAACGCACCCGCCACAUCAUGAAGAACCUCCCGCGCGGCGUCGACGAAUCCGCCGCCCGCCAACUCCUCAACGAGAUUGUCAUCCACGGCGACGAGGUCCACUGGGACGACAUCGCGGGCCUCGAAGUGGCCAAGCUGGCGCUCAAAGAGACGGUCGUGUACCCGUUCCUGCGACCGGACCUCUUCAUGGGCCUCCGCGAACCCGCGCGGGGGAUGCUACUCUUCGGGCCCCCGGGGACGGGCAAGACGAUGCUCGCGCGCGCCGUGGCCACGGAGUCCAAAUCGACCUUCUUCGCCAUCUCGGCUAGCAGCCUGACGAGCAAGUACCUGGGGGAGAGCGAGAAGUUGGUGCGGGCGCUGUUCGCGCUGGCGAGGAUGCUGGCGCCGUCUAUCAUCUUCGUCGACGAGAUUGAUUCGCUCCUCUCGUCUCGGUCCGGGGCGGGCGAGCACGAGGCCACGCGGCGCAUCAAGACGGAGUUUCUGAUCCAGUGGUCCGAUCUCGCGCGGGCGGCGGCGGGGCGCGAGGUCUCGAGUAGUAGUGGCAGUAGUGAGAAGGAGAGGGAGAGGGGGGACGCGAGUCGCGUGUUGGUGCUCGCGGCGACGAAUCUGCCGUGGGCGAUUGAUGAUGCGGCGAGGAGGCGGUUCGUGCGCAGGCAGUAUAUCCCGCUGCCCGAGGCGUGGGUGAGGAAGCGGCAGUUGGAGCGGUUGUUGAGUUGCCAGAAGCAUGAGAUUGGCGAGGCGGAGAUGGAGAGGUUGGUGGCGGUUACGGAGGGCUUCUCAGGCUCGGACAUCACGGCCCUAGCCAAAGACGCGGCCAUGGGCCCGCUGCGCAGCCUGGGCGAGAAGGUGCUCGAGCUGCGGCCCGACGAGAUCCGCCCGAUCCGCUUCGAGGACUUCGAGGCGAGCCUGCUGACGAUCCGGCCCAGCGUGAGUCGUGAAGGUUUGAAGCAGUAUGAGGAUUGGGCCAAGGAGUUUGGCGAGAGGGGUGGGUGAGGGGAGGGUUUGUCCGAGGGGAAGAGAGGGAGAAAGGAAGGAGUGAGGGGGGUUUCCAAGAGAUCCAAGAGAUCCAAGAGAUCCAAGAGAUCCAAGAGGAACUGAGAUGAAGGGGUCUAGUUGCAUUUGUCUGGCGUUUGGUUAAGGGUUAGGGAAUUCAUUUUGCAUGGGUUCUGGUUCUGGGAUCUGGGACGCUGGAUAGGGACUUGGGCAGGAUGGGCUACGGGAGGGUUUGACGGAUCGCGGGUCGAAGGCACGAUUGCAAUAUUCUCCUCGACCUGCCUGUGGUGAAUACCGAAUAGAGCGUCAGUUACUGAGGCUCUAAUAACGCGCGGCUUGAUAUACGAAGCAAUGCAUACGACGCCAUGUCAUGACAUAUCCA